AUGCGUGUUGCAAAGUCUUUAGACAUAAACGACAUCUAUGAAUCCAUCGGAGAACAUGAAAUGGACAGAAACCUUUCAAAUACUGUUAUCCUCAGGGUGUUGGGAGUGACUGUAGGCCUGGUAUCCCAGCACCCGGCCCUCUGCCUGCCAAAUCCCGAGAUUGUCAUUGCAAGUCAGCGCUCCGCCCAGGCCCCGCCCCGGAAGCCCCGCCUCUUCUCUCUGCGUAUCCGCGGUUUCCUACGGAAGCCGACCCGUGUAAAGUCCUCUUCCGCGAGAUGGAUUCGCGCCCCCAGCCUGGCCCUCUCGGCCCCUGGAGGGCAGCGCCGGCCGCCGCGCUCCCGGAGAGGCCGGGUCCUCUCCCCGGUCCCGGGAUUCUGGAGAGCCCGCCCCUCUCCGGAGACCCCCUCCCUCCCUCCCAACCCCUCUGUCCUCGCGUCUCCUCAGGUUCCACCCCGCUGGAAAAUAGUCUCUUCCGGUAGUGUGGCAUCUUACUCAGUCACCAUCCCUCAUCCUUGUAAAUUCGUGGGCGAGGGGGAUCAGGAGAAGCAGAGACCGAGCGACUGGGAGAGAAGCAGGAAAACGGAGGAGGAAAGAAUGAGAGAGAACCGAUGGGAUAGUAACAUAGGGAGAGGGGCCUUGUAUCACCGCUACAGGUGUUCCAGGUGUGCACAUCAAGGAACCAGUCGUCACCUUGACAAGUGCUUUGCCUUCCAGCAGUUCAUCUGCUCAGAGUCAGCGGGACAGUUGACAUUGAAUGAUGUGGCCAUCGAAUUCUCUCCAGAAGAGUGGGAAUGCCUGGACCCUGCUCAGAGGGCCUUGUACAGGGACGUGAUGUUGGAGACCUGCAGGAACCUGAUCUCUGUGGAUAUUUCUCAUAUACAUGUGAUAAGGAAAUUACAGCUAAAAUCAAACAUUGAUAGAGGAGGAGUAUUCCAAACAGUGAUUUUGGGAAGACAUGAAAUCCAGGAAAUCAAACCUUUUUACCUCUCGGAAAUACAGGAGAAUAUGUUUGACUUUGGAUUUCAGUGGAGACAUGAUGAAAGAAAUUACAGAAAUAUCCCUACGUCCCAUAACCAAAAUGUCACUGAUAGAAGAAGUCAACAUGGUGGAAGGGAUGCGGGAAACAAGCCUAUUGGAAAUAGACUUGUGUUAAGCCUUCAGGAUGAACUUCAUAUGUUUAAAAGUAAACAGAACAUUGAUGAUUUUAAUAAAGCUCUUAAGGGUAUCAGCAGUAGUUCCUCAUUUUCACCAGUUGAAGGAAUUUCUCCUCCUGUCCAAACCAACAUUUCUAAUAUAUAUUUUAUGCAUCCUUCAAUACUGACACAAGACCAGAGCCCACACAGGGAAAUACCUUACAAAUGUAAUGAGUAUGGCAAAACGUUUCAUCAGGGCUCAAACCUCAGGAGUCAUCAGAGAAUCCAUAUAGGAGAGAAAUUACAUAAAUGUGCUGUAUGUGACAAGGUCUUUAGCCGAAAUUCAGAUCUUGUAAUUCAUCAAAGAAUUCAUACUGGAGAGAAACCUUACGAAUGUAAUGAGUGUGGCAAGGUCUUUAGUACAAAAGGAAAGCUUUCAGUUCAUCAGAGAAUUCAUACUGGAGAGAAACCUUACAAAUGUAAUGAGUGUGGUAAAACCUUUAAUCAGAGCUCAAUCCUCACUCGACAUUGGAUAAUCCAUACAGGAGAGAAAUUACAUAAAUGUGAUGUAUGUGACAAGGUCUUUAGUCAAAAUUCAGACCUUGUAAUUCAUCAAAGAGUUCAUACUGGAGAGAAACCUUAUGAAUGUAAUGAGUGUGGCAAGGUCUUUAGUCAGAAAAGAAAGCUUUCAGUUCAUCAGAGAAUUCAUACUGGAGAGAAACCUUACAAGUGUAAUGACUGUGGUAAAACCUUUAAUCAGAGCUCAACCCUCAGUCGACAUCGGAUAAUCCAUACAGGAGAGAAAUUACAUAAAUGUGAUGUGUGCGCCAAGGUCUUUAGUCAAAGUCCAGACCUUGUAACUCAUCAGAGAAUUCAUACUGUGGAGAACAUAGUGUCUGUGGGAAAAUCUUUCUUUCUUCCUCAGGCAUCAGUAGUCUUUCAUCAAAAUGCAGUCCUUGGACUUCAUCGGGAAAUUCAUACUAGAGAGAAACCUUACAAAUGUAAUGAAUGUGUCCCAGUCUUUAGUCAAAACACAAACCUUGCAAGUCAUCCAACAAUUCAUAAUAAUUCAUACCUUGCAAUUCAUCGGAGAAUUCAUACUGAAGAGAAACCUUACAAACGUAAUGUGUGUGGCAAAACUUUUCAUCAUGGCUUAACUCUCUGGCAUCAUCAGAUAAUCCAUACAGGAUCCAAACCAUAUAAAUGUGAUGUGUGUGUCAGAGUCUUUAAUCGAAAUGCAGUCCUUGCACUGCUUCAGAGAAUUCUUACUGGAGAGAAACCUUACAGAUGUCACGAGUGUGGCAGGGUCUUUUGUGAGAAGACAACCCUUACAAGGCAUCAAGAAAUUCAUAUUGCAGAGAAACCUUAA